GGUAUUAAAAAAAAGCAGACGGACUGUUUCCAGACGACGUGGAUUCUGCUGCUGUUUAACUUACUCUAAACAUCUGUUUACCGCCUUGUUUACCGUAAACAUGUCGCACACCGUCGUCACGACAACAACGACCACGGUUCGGUCUUCCGGUGACAGCGUCCUGAACAUGGGCUACACCCAGACCAUCCCGGGGCUGCUGAAGAUGGGACAGCUGCUCUCCCUGCUCAUCUCCUUCCUGUGCGUCCACUGCGCUCACGGAUGGCCCAACUGGUACGCUUUCCAGUUCUUCGAGGUGGUGGUGCUGUGGUUCUUCUUCGCCUUCCUCAUCUUCUUCAUCAUGCACCUGUUGAGGCUGCAGGGGAGGAUGCCCUGCAUCAACUGGCCGCUGACGGAGUUCUUCCAUUACUCCGUGGGCGUCGUCCUCAUCUUCAUCGCCUCCAUCGUCGCCGCCGUGAAGAGUGGUGGCGUUUCAGCGCUGGUGGUCGCAUCGGUGUUUGGGUUCAUAGCAACAUUCCUGAUGGCCGUUAAUCUGUGGACAUCUUACAGUGUGGCCUGCGGCCCCCAGGCUGGUGCAUCAGUGUAGAAAGUGGCCCGUCAUGAAGAAAGCAGAGGGCUGUGUGGGCAGUUUGCUGCAUCCUGGUCAAUUUUCUGCCUGGCAACCACCUGCAUAAUCAACCUGAUUGGAUUAUAAGUCAUACUGCAGAGGUAAAGGAGCUGACCCAGGACGAGCUGCCCGAGACAUAAACAUCCCAGAUCAUCACAGUAAAAACCCUGACAGGACAGCAGUUUUUUAUUUCAUACUGAAUCAUUUCCAACCUGGACCGUCUCAUGUUAAAGGUGCUCUGUGUCACAUUUAACCAACACCACAGUGAAAACAAUCAGCCACCUGGUAGUCCUGAUAAUGUUUUAUUGUUCAUCAUUUCAACCCUCCUUAACCCUCCAUCUCCACUCAAACAUGGAGAACCUUCCUCCUGCUAUGUGCCAUAAACCAGCCCAGAUAAAGUUCAUGCUUAACCCUGCAGGUCUGAAUGCAGCCGAGUCUCUGGUUUGGUUUUAUAAAUAAAAUAUUUUCCUCAGCAGUUUACGCAUUAAUUAGCUUGAUUUUUAUCCCACCUAUUCAUUGUUUUCUUAAAGUACUUUAAAUUCUAGUGAAAGGAUUUUGGACCAGUUAUUUAUUCAACCACUGUAGCCCCUUUAGCUUAUUAUGCUAAUCCUUUGCUAGUACAGUUUGUUUGUCAUGCUAACAAACAUGACCAAGCUAAUCAGAAAAAUGACUCGCAUGCUAAUGUUUUUUGGCAUGCUAAUACAUAACUCAGGAGCUAAAAACAAUAUCAUGCGAACAGUUCAUUUAAAUUGAAUUGUUCAAAUAGCUAGCUAGCUAGCUAUGCUAACGAUGUGAAGAAACUCGAAAUACAGAAAUAAAGAGAAAAUAGGUAUUUUAACUAAUAAAUAAAGGCUGGUGGUAAUUUACAGCUUCUUUUUGUCAGGAAAGCUCAUGUGCCGUUGGAACCAGUGAGUAAAUCUGUUUUUAAACGAUGAUUCUGGGCUUAUUCUACGUCUGUUUCCCAUUAAUGUGGCUACUGGAAAUUAUGUGAAUAAUCUGCUCUUAUACAUGAAGAUGCGGUUAAUCCGAUGGCGUAUGUAUGGGUGGAGAUCCAUAAUGAAGUUAAUGAAAUAUAUGUUUCAGGUGGCUGAAAAUUUAACCUCCUGAGACCAGGCGUCCUCAUACGAGGACAUUGCAGGUUUAGUCUUCUAGUAAAUAGUAAAUUCUGUGUAAAUGGAGCCUGUUGCACCAAAUGUAGACAUUUGGUGGCAAAGACAUAACAUAACAUAAUAAACCUGCAGAAAAGGGCUGCAGAAAUAUGUUAAUGAGAAAUAAACCAGAAUGAUCAUUUAAAUAAAGGAUUAAUCCACUGCUUACUGGCUCAUUGAACAGCUGUUUAAACCAGGUUAUGGGCAGAAAAGACGUUUUAAGUGCGUAUGAACUGACAAAAAGAAUAAAUUUAUCACCAACAUUUUCAAAUAUGUUAUACAACAAAAAGCUUUCGUGUGGUUUAUAAUAUUACGAGUAAAAUAACUAGAAAGUGUUAAAGUGAAUUAAAUAUAACUAACACUGCAGCACAUUAACAUCCACCGUCUCCGUCUGUCCGCGUGGCUUUUAUCACGUUUUACUUACAGCAUGCUGUUAUUCUUGUUUUACUGCAGGCUACGUGGGGCUUUUCCUGGUGCUUUUACAAAAACAAGCUCAGUAUUUGAAUCUAAAUUUACUCUGAAUUUUAAUCGUUUAGUAAAAAAGCACAUCAGUGAGAGUUUUACAAGAUGCCAGUAACAGAAACAAGAGCCCGUCCUCAAAACUAAACCGGAUUUAAAUGUCUGCAGACGAUCACAUGCAGAAACUUACAGGCGGUGGAAAUCUGACUGCACAGAUUCAUGAAUUAAUCCGACGUGUACAUAAUAAGGGAUGGAUGCAUGGGUUUUAUAAACUUCACCUGCAUUAUCCAAAUGUUUACAUGGAUUAUAAAUGUUCACCAUCAGAUGUUUUGGUGCAUGAUACUAAUGGAUAAAUAAAACAAAUUAAAAAUAAAUGGAUAAAUUAAUAUCAGUACAGAUUAAACACUGUAAAACUCAAAUAUAUCAUUAAAUGUUUUGAAAUCUUUUGAAAACUCUGCAUCUAGUUCACAGAAAAUAAAAAAGUAUUAAAAAUGUAAUGAUUAGUAAAUCCUGCUGCGGUGAAAUAGGCACAGAGUAAUAAAGAGUGAAGGUUUAAUACGUCAUUCGCUGCACUAAAUAGAAAAUAAUCUCAGCAUGAUCACAAAAAUUCAAUCUCUGACUGUUAAAGCACAAGACGCAACUCUUAGCCUAAACCCGCAUGUUGUCCCAGCAUCAAGCCCGUUCACCUCUUUAUUACUCUGUGGUUUUUUUAUUUCGCUUGGUGGAGUUUUAUUGAUCUGCACAAAGCCAUCGGCACCGGGAGCGGCUGAGCCGGCGGUGCACCGAAACUCAGUUCUGCAAACAUUUCGAUGACGCCGUGUUUAAAACAAGGCAAGAUGGAAAACUGGAGGCUUGUUCAGAUUUUAAUAGAUCAGAUUUAACUGUGUGCUUUUAGUGCUGCAGCUACGUUUGAUGGAAACGAGCUGACAUUAAAAUAAAGGUUAAAUAAAAACUUAAUUUCAGACAUCAAAUAGAAAACUAAGAGAAAAAAUGAUAAAGUAGUAAUACUCCAUCACUGAAAAGUUAAGUUUUCUUCAUGUUUCAUUCAAUCUAGUUUAAUUAAAAUCAUCUCGAGCCACUUUUAACGAUCCCAGUACAGUUAUAUAUAACUCCAUAUUAAUACAAUUAGUUUAUGUUCCUGUUAAAGCCAAUUAAUAAAAAUACGAGUUAAUUACAUGUAUUUAUAUAAAUCAGAAAUGCGCCAGAAAUAAUUUUUUGUUGCUAACCUGCAGUACCCAGCUUGUUAUUUUUUUUAAAUUAAAACUAGUUUUAUGGCAUUUUUUAGUAAUCUUGUGGCGUGGUAGAAAAACUAAUAAAGAUGUAAUGUUAAGCAUAGCUUUUUAAAGUAUCACUCUUAGCUAAAAUGCUAAGAUUAGCAUAACAUGACUGUUAUGGAAAACAAGCGGAAAAUAUAUUUAAAUGAGAAAGGAUUGCAUCAAGAGCAAAUAGGGAGUUUAUCCCUAUAAGUUUAUCCAGACAAAAGUUAGCUAGUACGCUAAUGGUAGGUUGUUUACGCUAGGACAGGGGUGUCACAACUCAGGUCCUCAAGGGGCCGCUAUCCUGCAGGUUUAGUUAUUUUCUUGCUCUAUCAACACCUGAAUAAAAUCAAGUGGAUCCAACAGCUUCUUUUCAACUUCACACAAUAAGCCCAUAAAUUUCAGUCAGGUGUGUUUAGAUCAGGGAAACAAUGAAAACCUGCAGGAUACCGGCCCUCGAGGACCAAAGUUUGACACCCCGUGCACUAUGAAGGGCAAUUAGUUUAGAUUAAAAGCUUGCUUGUUUCACUUCUUAGUAAUAUUCAUUCAUUCACUAUAACAUACUGUAAUUUAAAUUGAAAGAAAUUCCCAAAUUUUUUUUAUUAUGAAAUCGAAUCGAUGUUAGCUAAGAAGCUAAUGCUAAGCUUAAGUUAGCUAAACUGUUUGAUGACAUCACAGCAGUUUUCUUAUAACCAAAAAUAUAAUUCUGUGUUUCGUGUCUGAUAUUUUCCCAGAAGAAGUUAUUAUGUUACUUUAGUGUAAAUAUAAUAGUUAAAUAAUAAUGUGGCCCAGACGGCCCAAAGAGUAAAAGUGGACAUGCUAAUCGCUAACAACACUGUAUUUUGAUCUACAUUAACUAUAUAUCAAUGCCACUUAUUUAUUUUUGACCAGAUUUCUCCGAAAUAUCUUUCCAGUUUAUCAUUCAGCAAAUUGUUUAUGGAGUUAUAAAAAAGAAAAUGCUCUUUUUCUGGUCACAAAAGGUUUAACGAGCUUUACCAAGGACGUCUGCGUCUGAGAAAUGUAUGUGGAACUGAAACUUUCACCAGUUCUGGCUGAAACAACAAAACAUCUUCGAUUUAAACUCUAAAGUACUGCCUAACUGUUCAUCAGAUGCCAAAAAAUCUGUGUGAUUUCCACUGAAUGUGUCACAAUGUGAAAGGGUUCACAGACAGUUAAUAAUGUAUUUAAUCUGAAUGUUUAUGCUUUACUGGACAGACUGUUAUUACCUAUGGCGCAUAUUCCCUGCACCCCACCGCUGUGGACGGCAGCCUGAAGGCUUCAGAUUAAAGGAAUAAUGUCUGAAUUAUUAAUUAAAAUCACAUUUAACUAGAAUUUUUGCGGUGAAGCUGCACAUCUGGAGCGAUAAACUCAUUCUUUUUAAAUUUACACCAUAUUUCUUCAUUGUUUUUGAGAGCUUCGGCCGGAGACGGUGCUGCAUACACAGUGUGCAGGACUUUCUCCACCGUUAUCAUCGCUGUUCUGUUCCACGCGUUUCUAUGACGAUCACAUCAGCUGUUCUCUCUGACUGUGUCACGGUUGUUUUAUUUUGAGUCUGGAGCUUUAUUUUUAUGAUGCACUGAUGAACGAGAUGCAGAGCCGCCUCUGAUGUAAAACCAGAACCUGGAACACUUGUUGAGAAUCACUGGAUAAUAUAAGAAAAUAUGCUGAUUAAAAUUAGUUAUUUCAUUUAAAGUUUGUAUUUCUAUUGUUGAAUUUUAAUAGACUAGUAAAAUUUAGGGCUUUGGAUUAGAUCGUUUUAUUGGUGCAUCAUUUCAUUUUCUGGCUGGGAGUUUCUGUGUGGAUCCAGAAAGGACUCUGUCGGGGAUUGGGGCUGGAUGUGAGGGAAAACCAACCUGCUGCUGAGCAUCAGCAGCUGUUUACAGUAGAAUUCCUCCAACUUUCUGUCAGACAAAUAUUUCUUCCCACAUGAACUCUGACCAGACUGGUUCUGGUGUCCAGGUCGGACACCACCAGACUGUUACAGUUAUUUAUUUAGGCUUGGAUGUCAUGCUACCGCGCCUUAAUGAUGGUGUUCUUAGUGACGUGAAGUGGCCGGAUGUCACGCUGAUCGACUGUGGGAUUUACGACGCUAGUUUGAUCACCCUGAUCCAGAACCUGGAACCAUGUGGCUCGGUCCAGGAUGGAGGCGGAUCCAGUUGAUGUGGAAGAAAAUGGAAACAUUGAAGGAAGAUGACUCGAUUAUCGCUCUGAUUAUUUCAGUUAGCAGCUGUUUAAAAAGUCAUUAAUUAGAAGUUAAUUAUUGGGAAACAUCCGUCCAAUCAGGGCAGUUCAUGUAAAAUCAGAUGUGGACAGUUUUUAGAGAUUUCUCUUCCAGAUCCCGUCUCCACCAGAACCCCGACUCUGUUUGGCCGAAGUUUAGCUGUCUUACACAUUUAUUGGGUGUAUAAUUAUAAAGGCCAGCGAUGACGUAUAAACAGCUUCUUAUAACUAAACCAUUAACUUUCCUAAUAAAUACAUCACUGGUUCCAAAACUUUUUGAGCCACGACCCCGAAAGACAACAUACGAUGGUGUUACAGAUGCCUUAUUGAUAAUUUAUUUACACUUACAAACUCCAUCAGUCUCUAAUGCGCCCCCUAGUGGAAUCCUCUGGUAACACCACCAGCCAGUACGAGAACAUUUUCCCUCCUGAUGGAGCUGGUUGCAUAAAAAGCUAAAAUAUUCUCAUCCCAACGGGAACGUGGAUCCAUUGGAACUCUACCGUCAACCCUUCUUCUUCUUCCAUUCCACGUUUCCCGAGUUCCGCUUGAUUCGGUCCUGGUUCUGGAUCAGUGCUGGUGAAAACUGGUGUGGCCCAGUGGGACUUCCCUAUAACGUUAAGAUGGUUUCAGUUGCUCUCCAAAGUGCCUUAAUGUUCUGUUGGCCACACUGGUUGCAGUGAUGGUGGCGGCGGGAGGUUUGCGCUGCGAUGGUGAAAGAAAUGGUUUUAGUAGAUUUUAGAAGAUGUCUGCAGUAUUAGAGUCCCAUCACAAAGAGCUCCAUGACUUUUGUGUUUUUUCUACAUUUAUUUAAAGUGUUAAAAUACAGGUUGUAAUUUGUUGCACGUUGUGAAUUAAAGGCUCAUUGCACCA